AUGGCGGCGCGAUCGUCGAUUCGGCGGUUGCCAGUCGAGACGGGGCAGGGGGCAGGGAUCGGAGGAGGCAGGGGUGUUCGUGGGAUGGAUCGACGAGAAUCGAGCGAGUUGCGUGAUAUUGAGCUGCAAGUUCGUGCGGAAGAGCUCCAGAUCAUGGAGCAAAGCCAGUCCGUGCUGGCUCAAAUUGAGGAUUACAAUGCAAGGUUGCAACACCUGUUAGCCCACCCCGCGAUGCGCACCGAACAGGACGUGAUUGGUCGCUGUCAACGACAAGUUGCCAUGGCCUCGAGCAAGCUGCACCGCAUGCGUGGCCGACGUGAGGAAGUUACGAGCAAACUGGACGAAGCCGAGCAGCUGGCCGGAUCCGUCCGCUCGCUGGGCACCUCCCGUGACACGACCGUUUGCCACGCCCUCAACGGGCUCGCCAAUACCAAACUCCUCUACGCGGCUGGGGAACAGCUCAAGCCCGAAGUAGGUGUCGCGCCCGUGACUUUUCCACAUCCUCUAUUUUGA